GGGAAAUCCCUAUGGUGGACAUCAUCUGGAAUUUCACAUUAAUUUUUUCAUUUUGUUUCUCACCCCUAGCCCUACUGGCUCUGUGAAGCUACAAAGCUCCAUACAGCUGGUGGAUUUGCAGUAUCUGAGUGGUUAGCGGUUGCAAUCAUGAGAUCUAAGAGGAAGAGAAAAGAUUCUGAAGAAGAAAGUGAUUUUCAACCUGAAGUGGAUUUUCUACAACUUCAAAUGAACACUCUUCGAAGGUAUAAAAGGCACUAUAAACUUCAACUUAAGCCUGGCACUAAUAAGAUUCAACUGGUUGAGGCAAUUUCAAAGCAUUUCAGAACAGUUCGUGUAAAUGAAAAGAAGGCCGUUCCUCUGUUCAUAUCAAUGGUGAAAUCACACAAGAGCAAACUGGACCAUCCAAAACCUGUGGACAAUUAGCAUUAGUUGAUUCUGUUUUUGUUUGGCAACGUUCUUUACCAAAACUUAAAAUGCAGUAUUUGUUUUUUGUUCUGACUCGCUCUUUACCAAAUCUAAAAUUAAUACAGGAAA